UCCGGGAACGUACCCGCCGCCUCCGGGAGCGCCCCUGCCGCCCCGCCGCCCGGCCAUGAGCGACGCGAGGGCGUCGUCCGCCGUGGCAGGCAUCGCGCCGACGACGGCCCGUCGCCCCCACGGCCACCACCACAUCCACCACCACAGCGCGACCGCCGUCAAGAGCACCGAGGCCGUGAGCGCCGUCAGCAUGCUGCAGAACUCGAUGCAGGUGCUGCAGCGCAUGGACGACCUCCACCUCGACGAGGACUGCGACGACGACUUCGAGCCGGCGCGCGUCACGGCGCUGGUGGCCGAGACCCUGGGGCUGGAGGAAGUGAACGACGCCGAGGUGUCGGCCCUCAUGCGGGAGUCCCUGGCCGUGGCCGAGCGCCUCGCCGCCGCCUCCCUCAUGACGUCCGAGUCCGCCAAGCGGCGGCUCCAGGCGCGCUCCAUCGAGCUGGGCCUGCCCCUCGCCCCCAGCCACGGCCUCGGCCACGGCCUCGGCUUCGGCGCGGACCUCGAGGAGUACGUCCCGCCGCGCGCCCUGCUCCUCUACCUCGUGCGGAUGGGCAGCUUCUCGUCGGCGCCGCGGGUGGUGAACAAAGACUGCCAGGAUGACGACGUGCACGUGGACCUCGCGGCGCGCGAGGGCGUCUGCCGCUGGUGCGAGCAGCAGCUGCGCGCCACCAACACCCCCGCCAAGCUGCUGUCCAGAAGGAUGGUGCCCGUCGAGGGCCCGCCCGGCCGGCCCAGCCCCCACUGGGGUGCCGAAGAUUCGAGUACAAUACGAGUGAUGCAGUGGAACGUUCUCUCUCAAGCGCUGGGCGUCAACAACGACAACUUCGUGUCGUGCCCCGAGGCGGCGCUGGACUGGGCCGUCCGCCGGCCGCUGAUGCUGCAGGAACUGGUGGCGGCCGCGCCCGACAUCAUCUGCCUGCAGGAGGUGGACCACUACAAGUUCCUGGAGCGCGCGCUGUCGCCGCUGGGCUACCGCGGCCUGUUCGAGCCCAAGCCGGACUCGCCGUGCUGCUACAUCCCGGACAACAACGGCCCGGACGGCUGCGCGCUGCUCUGGAGGAGCGACCGCUUCUCCCUGCUGGGCCAGCACCGCGACCGCCUGCACGUGUGGCGCAUCGCCAGCAACCAGGUGGUGCUGCUGGCCGUGCUGCGCCACGAGGCGUCGGGCCGCGAGCUGUGCGUGGCGACGACGCACCUCAAGGCGCGCGCCGGCGCCCUCAUGUCCAAGAUGCGCAACGAGCAGGGCCGCGAGCUGCUGCGCAUCGUGGCCGCGCACGCCGACGGCCGCCCCGUCGUGCUGUCCGGCGACUUCAACGCCGAGCCCAGCGAGCCCGUGUACCGCACCGUGCUGGAGCACACCGGCAUGCGCCUCGCCAGCGCCUACUCCAAGGCCAGCCACCGGGAGGACGACGCGGCGCCCUCCGAGGACCCUGUGACCGAGUCGGCGCAGGGCGAGCCGGCCUACACGACGUGGAAGGUGCGCGAGGAGGGCGAGCAGUGCCACACCAUCGACUACAUCUUCUACUCCAGCUCGGCCUUCUCGGUGGACGCGCUGCUGGACUUCCCCAGCGGGGAGAUGCUGGGCCCGGGCCGGGUGCCGUCCUUCCAGUACCCCUCGGACCACUUCUCGCUGUGCGCCGACCUGCGGCUCAAGGACACCAUCCCCGAGCCGCGGCCGCCGGGCCGGUGCGCGUCCGAGCGCACCAAGUGAGCCGCCAGGCCCGCCAGGAGGACUUGGAAGCGUCCGCGGCCGCGACCGCCACAACCUGAACGCCCCAAUGUCCGUCUUGAAAAGGCCCACUGUGCAGCCCGACGUUUCGGCUCCGGACGGACUGUUACGGCGUCCGGCUCGCGAGGCGAGAGUGGAGCGCGCCCUCCCCCUUCCCCUCGGGGGUGGAGCGCGCCCUGAUGUAAAGUACAAUACACUAGGCAAUAUUACUAUUUUUACUCUUAUUGUAGCGCUGUAGGGAAAGCUAGACGCAGGAGAGCGACAACGGUUAAGUAUUGCGGUGUGCAUGACGCGCACCGCGGUGACGGCUCCAGGCCGCCCGCCUUUGGCUCGGCCACGCGGCCAGGCGGCCUGCUCGCUCGUUCGCGUUAUGCCUGACCAAACUUAAAAUGUGAUAACUCUGACAACUAAUUAUUGACGUUAAGUUACGAGGUGGGAGCGGUUGAUGUGUGAUAUCUUAAUUUAUUGUUGUUUUUACGUUACAAAGAUUAGUACUUGUAAUUUAUAUCGCUGGUAGCAUUGUUGUUGUUCUUUGUUGUUGUUUAUAGACACGAUGCCAUGCUUUACUUGUGUUUUGUUCGGAGCCUCAUAAUGUGUUGAUCAUCCGAUUUAUUCUUCCUUUAAUUUUGCCAAGAAUCGAGAAACCCGUGCCAUUUGUUUCGCCGUUACGCCUCGGCAUGUGUGACUCGGAGGCUUUUCUAACAAGCUUCACUGUAUUGUCAAAGAACAUUAGUUCUUUAUUUUAGGCUGUGUGCUUGCUUUACAAAGCAUGCUCUGUAUAUAAAGUAACGAACGUAUUAGGUAAGGUAAAUAUUUAUUUAUUUUGGAUCUAUUUAUAAUAAAAAAUGCAGUGAGUUA